AUGGCGGCGGCGGCGGCGGCCGAGGCGGCGGCGGCCGAGCUGUCGCAGGCGCUGGCCCGGCCCCUCAGCCUGCUCCAGCAGCCCGACUGCGGCCGGGCGGCGCGGCUGCGGGCGCUGGAGGACAUCCGCGCCCAGCUGCAGGGCCGGCCGCUGCCGGGCGCGGUGCUGCAGGAGGUGUUCGCGGCGCGGCUGCUGCGGCCGCUGUCGCGCUGCCUGGCGGGGGACGCGGCGGAGCGGUGCCGGGAGCUCGCCCUGCAGCUGCUCCGCCACGGGCUCAGCCAGGGCGAGCGGCCCUGCGAGGCGCUGCCCGUGCUCCUGCCGGCCCUGGCCCAGCGGCUCUGCCCGCCGCAGGGCGCGGAGCCCAGCGAGGAGCUGCGGCUCGGCCUGGUGCAGCUGCUGAGCCUCCUGCUGCAGCGCUGCGGCGCCUCCACGGCCCCCUACCUCGGCGACAUCGCCCGCGUCCUCCAGGCCACCCUCCUCGACCACUAUGCCGAGGUCAGGCGGGAGAGUUGCAGGUGUGCCGUGGCCUGCGCCAGGGCCGUGCCAGAGCACUUCCAUAUGCAGUCAGAGUCUCUGAUAAAACCCCUAAUGCAGACAAUUUCCCACCAACACUACAGAGUUCGUGUUGAUGUGAUUCAGGCUACUGGAGCAGUGAUACAGUUUGGGAAUGGAAAGUCUGUGGAUGAUGUCCUGUCUCAUCUGGCCCAGAGGUUAUUUGAUGAGAUUCCCAAGGUACGGCACGCUGUAACAACUGUCAUUGGAGAAUGGUUGUUGCACCUACGAGACAGAUACUCAUAUUUUCACAAGUUGAUCCCUCUGUUACUUGGCAGCUUUACUGAUGAAAUUCCUGAAAAUGCGAAACUGGCUUGGACCUACUGGGAAAAGAUAGGCUUGCAAUGGGAGAAAGAGAAUGAAGAAGAUUUGAAGGAUAAGAUGGAUUUUAGUGUUUCACCAUCUCAUUAUCCCAAAGGAGAGACUCGACCCGGACUGGGUUGUCGGGAACUUGUGUCAAGAAACCUCUCCAAAAUUCUCCCAGGUCUCUGUCAUGAUAUCACAGACUGGCUUGGAAGCACAAGAAUCAAAGCAUCCCAGCUCCUGUACACAUUAUUGCUGCAUGCAGAGGAUCACAUCACCCAACACAUGGAGCUGCUGCUGAGAACUUUGUACCAAGCAUGCUCAGAUGAAGAAAGUGAAGUGGUUAAAAAUAGUGUGAAAGCAGCAGAAUUGAUUGGAACGUUUGUCAGCCCUAAGGUGUCUUUGAAAUUAAUCACCCCAGCCUUCGAGCAGACACCCAAAGCCUCCUGUGUGAUGGUUCUGGCUGCAGUGAUUCGAGGUAGCCCAAAAGAAAUCUUACAGCCUCAUGUGGCCCAGCUUGGCAACACACUGUCACAGGCUGGAGUCUGUCAGCGAUCUGAAGAGGUCUUUUAUAUGGAGCAGCUGCUUUAUUGUGUACAAGCAUUGAUUGAAGUGUGCCAGGAAGACUGCAAAGAAAUUAGCUCACAGCUAAUGAAAGUUUUGGUGACCAUAAUGGCAAUACCAUCUUCUCAGGACCUUAAAGAAAAGGUGGAGAAAACAAUGUCUUCAUUAGCUGCAGUGCAGCAACUGGAAAGUUUUCAUUGUCUCUACAAGCAGCACAUAACCCAGCUGCUGGAGUGGGCUGCAGUGUCCUGUGAAGGGUGGACCUGCUAUUCCCCAGAAGUGUUGCAGUUCGAGGUCAUCGCAACCCAUUCAGGUCCUGUCAUAGGUGAAGCUCUGGAUGAGUUUAUUCUGGUUCUGAAGACGUGUCUCCAGGCAAACAGAGAUCCCCAGAUGCGGUUAAAGCUUUUCACUGUUUUAUCCCAGUUGUUGCAGAAAGCAAGUGAAACCAUCAAUUCUCAGGGGCUGUUCCCUAGCUACCUUGAGACUGUGAUAAAAGACAUCCUGGCUCCUAAUCUGCAGUGGCAUGCUGGAAGAACAGCAGCUGCCAUCCGUGCUACAGCUGUAUUGUGCCUUUGGGCUCUCAUCCACUGUGAAAUGCUUUCACCAAAAGAGAUCUUAAAAGUGAAAGAUGAGCUGAUGCCCCAGAUUAUUGCUUCCAUGGAUGAAGACUCUAAAAUUACUCGACUGAUGGCUUGUCGUAUUGUUGAUGUUUUUCUAAAAGUCUGUGGGAGGCAGUUUGAUGCAGAUAAAUUUAAGAACAUUUACACAGAGGUGUUAAAGCGUCUGGAUGAUGCCUCAUGUGAUGUGCGGCUGGCAGCUGCUCACACCUUGGCUAAUUGGUUUAAGUGCUUGAAGGACAGUGAUGUGAAAUCCUCAAUGGAAGGUCAUGUUGAGUUUCUGUACCAAGAGCUGUUGGUACAUCUUGACGACCCAGAUGAAAAUCUCCAAAAAGCAGUCCUAGAAGUUUUAAAGGAAGGAAGCAUUUUAUAUCCAGAUCUGCUGGUGAGAGGAAUUGAAGGGGUUGUACACAAGCAUCAAACACCGGUCUAUUGUAAUCAGCUGCUACAUCACAUUCAGUCAGCCAAGGAGUCAGCUUUGUGAAUCACUGCUGAGAUUCUGCUUAGGAAACUGAUGUGAAAUCUGUAUGACUUGGAUUAUCUUUGUAUUUUUGUUUGCUUAAGAAAGGCUGAGCUAGAAAUAGAUUGUUUUUUCUUUGUAAACUCACUGUUGGCUCAUUUGAAAGUGAAAUUAGCACAAUUCUAUGUUCUUUGCAGUUUGAACAGUUCUUUGUAUUUCCUAGCAAUAAAACAAUGUUUUAAUUCA